AUGUCUCCAGUGGAACGUUGCGACUGGCCUUUCGGUGGCCCACCUCUUUUGUUCUAUUUAGUCAACAAUGUGUCAUUCUGCUCAAUUUUGCAAGAACACAUUCUGGGAGAUCAUACGUUCAUCUAUUGGGCCAUCCUCAAGCAGCAGCACGCUGAAGAAGCUCGACUCAGAGGGUCGUCCAGCAGCGGCAGAAACGCCGAAUGCGACCUUGUUAUGAGACUCCUCGAGCUAGCAGCUCCACUUGCAGAUGAGAUGCGCACCAAGUUCUGCCUUGCGUGCUUACAGACAGCGGACCAGGCACAUUUUGAAUUUGUCUGCGGCUCACCCGUGCUCUGCCCACUCUCAGGUAUGGAGGAGAUCCUCUUAAGGAGUGCCGCUCCCCCCGAUAAGCUCGACGUGGAGGAUGACCUAGUGGAUGAACACAAGUUCACGGUGCACUUCCACGUGCUGAUGUUCGUGAAAUGGAUGUGGGUCGUAUAG